AUGUCCAGAUACGCGGAUUCCCACGUUGACCCCCAGGGCCCCGGAGAUGCGCGUCCCACGGCCCUCCAGGUCGUCGAAGACGAGGGGCUGCUGGGUGACAAGCUCGCCGGCAAGAUCGUCCUCGUGACGGGCGCGAACUCGGGCAUUGGCGUCGAGACGUCCCGCGCCAUCCACGCCACCGGCGCUACCCUCUUCGUCACGGCCAGAGAUGCGGCCAAGGCCCAGCUGGCUGUAGACAGCAUCAAGAACGGUCCCGGGCCCAAGUCCGACGCGCCGAUCCACGCCAUCGAGCUCCGUCUGGACUCCCUGGCCUCGGUGCGCGCAGCCGCAAAGGACUUCCUUGCCAAGAGUGGCGGAAAGCUGAACAUCCUCAUCCUCAACGCCGGCGUCAUGGCCACGCCGGAGGGGAAGACGGAAGACGGGUUCGAGACGCAGUUCGGCACCAACCACCUGGGUCACUUCCUCCUCUUCCAGCUGUUGAAGCCGGCGCUCCUUGCUGCCAGCACGCCCGAGUUUCAGUCCCGGGUGGUCUCCGUCUCGUCCAUGGCCCACCGCUUUGGCAACGUCCGCCUGGACGACCCCAACUUCGAAAAGGACCCCUACGACCCCUGGGCCGCGUACGGGCAGUCCAAGACGGCCAACAUCCUUUUCGCGAACGAGGUCGAGAGGCGGUACGGGUCAAAGGGCGUGCACGCCCUCUCGCUGCACCCGGGCAUCAUCCCCACCAACCUUUCCCAGUACCUGCCCCCCGAACGGCUCGAGGCCAUCGCCAAGGACGAGGCGCUGAAGAAGAACAUGAAGAGCAUCCCCCAGGGCGCGGCGACGACCGUCUACGCCGCCCUGAGCAAGGAGUGGGAGGGCCGCCCGGGCAGGUACCUCAGCGACCUCGUCGAGCAGGGCCCGGCCGACAUGGCGUCGCAGAAGGAGGCGGGUCAUGCCCCGUGGGCGUACGACGAGGCCGCCGCCAAGGAGCUCUGGGAGAAGUCGAACACAUUGGUGGGCUUCAUGGAAGAGUGA